AUGCUUUGUAUACAUUGUACUUCACGAUUUGUCCCUGCGGCCUGUUUUGUCUUGUCUGACGUCUCAAUAUGCCGGGAUGAAACAGUCUCAAAUCAUACCGCAUCUACAUCUAGCCACGGGACACGACACGCCUACUUGUCCAAGAACAAACAUCCGCCAAACGUGGUGGACGCCCGCUCGUCUGUUGGCACUCAUCAUCGCCUCGAUGACUGCAUUGCGCCACGCCGCCUCACCUGGAAAGCGACAUUAAACACGAAACUGACAAAUGAAUCGACGCCCAUGUCUCGGGGAUCGUCAUCUUCCGGGGACAUAUUUAAGACACGGCAAAGAAACAAUAGAUUUUGA